CCUUGAGAAGCAGAGGCUGUGCGCUGAACUGGUUCUGAAAGGCUGAGCUCCUCCAUUUCCUCCACUCUAACAGACAAGUGAACACUGGACCGGGCUGACAGGCACACAAACAGACACAGACAUACAAAGACUGCUGGGAUGCCGCUGUGGAAAAAAAUUCGCCCUUCUUCAGCUGCUGGGAAACUAGAGGCUCAGAAUGUGUCCAGCGUCUUUGCUGAGGUGGGGAGUGCAGGAGAGCGAGGGACUAAGAUGUCGGGGCCAGAGCAGCGGGGAGAGAGAUCGGACCCUGGUGUCGCGAGGGUGUACCUGGGGGCCGUGUCAGAGGACAGGCCACCUCCUAAGUGGCUGGAGCGUGAGCUGCUGAGACAGGAGAACCGUCGCCACUCUGUAACCAUGGGAGACCAGGUCAAACUGAGGUCACGACUACUCUACAGUGACGAUCCCACACACAGCCUCAGCAAGCUCAAGAUUGAGCAGAGAGUAUCCCUUGAAAGCCUGACAAAGCUCAAACUGGCAUUUGAGGAAUUUGAAAUGGGUGGCCAAAGAUCACUGGAUGUGUUGAACUUUGGACUGAUAGUGAAGAAGUGUUUGGGCUUACACAACAUAAACAAUGGCCAGAUCCAAGAACUAUUCAUGAAGAUCGAUUAUUCUGGCCAGGGGAGGAUUGAAUGGGAUGAGUUCUGUACGUACAUGCAGUUGGAGUACACAGAGAAGGAGGAGUCAGUGUUGCGUGGCAAACAGGUGGCGUUCUCCCUGCCAGCCACGGUCAGGGCACUAAGCCAUGGAGAGCCCAUUCUGCGAGUCCACUCCACCCCCGAUGGCACCAUCAUCACCGUCCGCGAGGAUGGGGCUGUCUACUACUGGAGCCCCGAGCUCAACCUGAAGAGGAGCAAGAGCGUGUUUCAUGAAAGACCUGUGAGCAGAAAACCAAAAUGGGCAACUGAUUUUAUCACCAUGCCACAGUACAACAAACUUAUCAUGGGAACAGGAGACAGAGAGAUCCAGUUGUAUGAGCUGUCCUCUCUAGAGCCGUACUGUCAGAUCAGUUCCCUGGAGACAGUCCCUCUGAGACUGGACUACUGCUACACCGGACCUGAUGAGUGUUCUAUUUUGUAUGGAGACUCCCAGGGCUGCGUGAAUAUCAUAUUAAUUACCUCCGUGGGGGAGACUCUGAGAAUGUGGAAGAAAUUACCAAAAAUUGAGAAUGUGCCUAACAUCGGGAUAGACAACGCAGUGCUUUCUCAGAAUGUGACAUACAUUCGAUGGAAGGUCCACCAGGACUGGGUGACAAAGGUGAAAUAUUUUCCAGACAUUUGUGCGAUUGUUUCCACCUCCAAUCAUGAAGCCUCUUCCCUCGUCAUAGGCUGCGUUCUCCCGUCCACCAACAUCGAGCAGCAGAUGAGGGAAAUCAGGGAGGUGUGUCAGGAUGGGAAGGCCAAGAGAGCCCUUUCUAAUAACAAUGGGUCUCCUCAGCCCCGGGCACCAUGUGACCAGACCGUCUUCAAUGUCUACAAGGGCGUCAUGACCUUUGACCUCAGCAAACAGCACAACCUGCUGGUGACCGGAGGGAUGGACAGGGUGCUGCGUCUGUGGAACCCCUAUGUCCCUGGGAAGCCCACAGGUGUGUUAAAGGGACACUCUGCUCCCAUCUUCUACCUCUUCAUCUCCUCAGAGGAAAACCGUAUAUUUUCUGUCUCUAUGGACAACACUGCCAAGAUCUGGGAUAUCCAUGACCAAAUCUGCCUCAUCACAGCCCACCCCAAAGCCAGCCUCAUCCGUGGAGACAUGUCUGCAUGCCUGUAUUCUCCUUCCAUCAAGGCACUGUACAUCGCAGCAGACUCACUAGCGCUGCUCUCUCUCAGGACCAGUCCCCAGCCCCAGGGACAUCUGAUCGUGUCUCACAUGGAGCCUGUGUUGUGCUGCGGCUAUAGCCACGAGUUCAGACAGGUCGUCAGCUGCACAGAAGGAUCCGUGGUGAAGGUGUGGGAUUUCGACACAGGGAGCCAUGUGUUUGAAUUUGGUGGUGCCCACGGACAGUCUGCCAUUACCUGUAUGACUUUUGACCCCAAGGGAAGGAGACUGGUCACUGGGGGGAGAGAUGGCAUUCUAAAGAUCUGGAACUUUAACAAUGGUCAGUGUCUGAAGAUACUAAAAAAAGAUGGGGAGUCCAACGAGGUGUGUGACUGCACCUACCUGACAGUCCACAGAAACACGUAUGUGAUGUCUGUUGGAUGGGACCGCAGGAUUGACGUCUACUCUGAUUCACCAGAUGAGCCUCACCACAUCCAGAAGCCUCAGCCCUCAUGGCAAGAUGAUCUGAGGAGGGGCCACAUAGAGGACAUCCUGUGUGUGGCCCAGUGUCCCCCCUCACUACUAGCCACCAGCAGCUAUGACGGGGAGGUCAUUGUGUGGAACCUGGUCUCCGGACACAUCCAGUGUCGCUUUGCCAGCCAUCUGCAACCUGACUGCUGCCAUGCCCAAGGGAUGGAUACCUGUGUUCCCAGCAUCAUCUUCCUGAGGAGCCGAGCAUUACAUGCUAAGUUCUCCUCCGCUGCAUGCCUCCUGUCCUCAGGACCCACAGGUUGCAUUCAUUUCUGGAACGUGCUCAACGGUGGGAAAUUAUUGGCCAACUUCGAUGCAUCUAGGUUCCAGCAGCUGAUCACUAAACUGGCAGUGACAAAGGAAGACACCUCACUGUAUGUGGCUGAUCAACUUGGCUAUGUCUAUGUUUAUGACAUAAAGACAUACGCUCUUGGCUCAGAGAGAACCCCACCGAGAGCUGAAAACUACUGGCGUGCCCAUACUGGCAGCAUCACCGGGUUGCAGAUUGUUGACGAUGACCAAGUACUGCUCACCUCGUCUAUAGACUGCACUGUGCGCCUGUGGAGUGCUGACGGAGAGUUCAUAGGGACGUUUGGGCAGCGGGACAAUUGGAGCAUCCACACCCCUUCCUCCUGGAAGCAUCCUGCCGUUCCCUAUGAGAUCCUGAUCGACCCUCUGAGUAUGCCAGCUCACCGCAUCCUGGAGGGAGAGACCAGAGUGUCCGAUGUCAAUAACGCUGACAAUUCUGAGGCCACUAGCACCGAGCAAAAGUCCAACUCGCCCAGCAAGCUUAGACACCCUCCACUGUCCUUCAGCGACACAGACAUCAUGGAGGAGAUGAAAACCUCUUGUUACACAGAAGAACAUGGGAAACGACUCCGACAUGAAAUAUUCAAGCAUACUAACAAGCCACCCAAUCAUGGCGGACCCAAGGCCUACCACACUCUCAAGUACUUUGAUAUCGUCGACACCCCAGCCACCUGCGAGAGGCCUGAUCUUUCCCUGGCUGACAUAGAUCCUUUCAUGUCCAGCUUUGUGGAGCAGGAGUUGGCUGAAUUCCAAUAAGAUCCCAAUUGUAACAGGAACUCAAACUGUGACCAUAGGUCCUGUGCACCAUGAACUCAACAUGCUUCAAGGACAGAGGAGUUACAACACCAUCACAAGUAAUCAGAAGAGCUGAAAUGUGAGCUGUUGCACAACUUUAAAGAGUUGCACAGUCCUGGAUUGAUUAGGGGAGACCGGGGUUUGUUGUCACACUUUUUUACUAAUUAGUGUAUUUCUCAGCACCAGUACAUCUUACAAGACUAUUUUCAAUAAGAUUAAGACCAAGGUCUGGGUUGAAAUGGGGACCAUUUCUAUCCUCUUAUCUUAUUCCAACAUGGAGUUAUAAGCCAUUAAACAUUCUCUGUCCACUUGUGACAACCUGGGCCCAGAUUUACAAAACACUUCUUACGCAAGAAUGUAAGAAGCUUCUAAAGAAAAAAAAAAGUAAAUAA